CGUGCCUGCACACCCUUUCCCCUCCUCCCGCCCGAACGUGUGCGCGCACGCGCGCGAGGGGACGGGGGUUUGUUCGCUCGGAGCUGAGGGAGGGACCAGAGGCUGUCCGUACCGUGUCCGUGUGCCCGCUCCCCGGUGCCGUCUGUCUCUCACAUACACACAGAGCACCCUGUCGCCUCAUCAUGGACACCCGGCACCGCCGCUGAGGGCCCGCUUUCGGACACUGACCCACCGUUUGCUCAUUUAAAAGAAAAUAUUUUCUCUCAGACAUCCCUCUCCACCGAGUGACCGGUCCGUCAGGAGCGGGAGGAGGACCGGCGAAGGAGACGGUGUGAGCGGCCAUUCGACUUAACCCCCAUCCCGUCACCGGGGGCCGGUCUCCCCUCCCUCCGGGACUGAGUGAGGGAAGGGGGAGAGAGGAGGAGUGUGUGUGUGUGCAAACCACCCCCGGAGGAGACUGAGCUCCUGGGAGGACUCCCCUCGAAGAGAAGGCACUGGCCGGAGUGUGAGAGCGACAAUCCCCCCCCCCCCCCCCCACCCUCCGCCUGACCCCUGGACUGUGAACCCGGGCCUCGGGGAUGGAGUGGGGGCUGAAGGCCGUCCUCUCGUCCUGGACCCUCAUCGCGCUGUGCUCUGCUUCCCCGACCCCGCCGAAAGUUUACACCAACAGCUGGGCGGUGCAGAUCCCCGGCGGGCAGCAGGAGGCCUCCAGGGUGGCCAGGGAGCACGGCUUCAUCAACCUGGGACAGAUUUUUGAUGAUUAUUAUCAUUUUCGGCAUAUGGGCGUGAUGAAACGAUCAUUGAGUCAACAUGUGCAUCAUCAGAAUAAACUGCGACAGGAUCCUCAGGUCACAUGGCUGGAACAGCAAGUAAUUAAGAAAAGGAAAAAGAGAGACACUUACACUGAACCAAAUGACCCCAAAUUCCCAAUCCAGUGGUACCUGCAUAACACGGAUCAUCGUGACUUGAAUGUAAAAGAAGCCUGGAAGCAGGGUUAUACAGGAAAGGGUGUUGUAGUUUCUAUUCUGGAUGACGGAAUUGAGAAGAACCAUCCAGACCUAUCAGCUAAUUAUGAUCCAGGUGCCAGUUACGACGUAAAUGGUAAUGAUCCUGAUCCUCAGCCCCGUUACACACAGCUGAAUGAUAAUCGACAUGGAACACGGUGUGCUGGUGAGGUGGCAGCUGUAGCCAACAAUGGGAUUUGUGGUGUGGGUGUGGCAUAUAAUGCCAGAAUCGGGGGUGUGCGGAUGCUAGAUGGAGAGGUGACUGAUGCUGUGGAAGCUCAGUCCCUUAGUAUGUACCCUCAACAUAUUGACAUCUACAGUGCUAGUUGGGGUCCAGAGGAUGAUGGAAAGACAGUGGAUGGUCCUGCUAAAUUAGCACAGGCAGCGUUUUUUAAAGGCAUUUCGCAGGGACGUGGUCGUCUUGGCUCAAUAUUUGUGUGGGCUUCUGGGAAUGGUGGCCGGGAACAUGACAGCUGUAACUGUGAUGGAUAUACAAAUAGUAUCUACACCCUUUCAAUCAGCAGUACAACUCAGAAUGGGAAUGUACCUUGGUACAGCGAGGCAUGCUCUUCAACACUUGCCACUACAUAUAGUAGUGGAGGUCAAUUUGAAAAACAGAUCGUUACCACUGAUCUCAGACAGAAAUGUACAGAAUCACAUACUGGAACUUCUGCAUCUGCUCCUCUUGCUGCUGGAAUCAUUGCCCUUGCACUGGAAGCAAAUAAAAAUCUGACAUGGCGGGAUAUGCAGCACCUUGUGGUACGGACAUCCAAACCUUCCCAUCUGUCAACAAAUGAUUGGAUUACCAAUGGCGUUGGCCGCAAGGUCAGUCACUCCUAUGGAUAUGGGCUAUUGGAUGCUGGAGCAAUGGUUGCAUUAGCUAAGAACUGGACAAGCCUUGGAGAUCAACGGAAAUGUGUCAUUGUUAUCACGUCUGAGCCAAAGGAUAUUGGUAACCGAUUGGAGAUUCGGAAAAGGGUUGAUGCAUGCCUUGGAAGUUCAAAUUUUAUCCACUCCUUAGAGCAUGUGCAGGCAAGGAUUACACUAUCAUAUAACCGGCGUGGAGACUUGGCUAUAUUUCUCACCAGUCCUAUGGGGACGAGGUCAACUCUGUUGGCACCAAGAGAGCAUGACUACUCAUCUGAGGGAUUUACUGACUGGGCAUUCAUGACCACGCAUUCCUGGGAUGAAAACCCCUCAGGAGAAUGGGUUCUGGAAUUAGAAAAUACUUCUGGUGCAAAUAAUUAUGGUACCCUGAGACAAUUUACACUGGUUCUUUAUGGGACAGCACCAACUAACAACAGCCAGCAGAAAUCGACCAACAUUACACUACCUGCCAACUGCAAAACACUGAACUCUCAGCAAGUGUGUGCAGAAUGUGAAGGUGUAUAUUUUCUGCAUCAGCAAAGCUGCGUGGAAAAGUGUCCACCUGGCUUUUAUAAAGGAUUGGUUGACAGUCUCUUGGACAACAAUGUUGAAUCUUCACAAGUUUUGGCCUGCCUUCCUUGUCAUGCUUCUUGCCGCACAUGCAAUGGGUUUGCAGCCAAUCACUGCCUUUCUUGCCUCCCUCAUUCACACUACAAUGAAGUUGAGUUGAGCUGUUCACCCCAAAUGCAAGUCAGCAGGGAAUCUCCCUUGGAAAAUGAGGAAGUAGUUGAACCACUCACUGAAUCUCAAGUACCUAUAUGGUUUGCUUUUACCAUCUGUGCCUUCAUUAUAAUGGUAUUUUUUAUAAUAUUCAUAGUUCUUCAGGUCAGGUCAGGAUUCCAGUUCAGCAAAGUGAAAGUCUACACUCUACAAAACGGGAAAGGGAUUAUAUCUUACAAAGGAAUUUCUGACAUGUGGAAAGAUGGUGAUUUAUCUGAAUCGGAUUGUGAAGAAUUUGAUGUUGAGGGCCAAAGUGAAAGAACAGCAUUUAUAAAGAAAAUACAAAGUGUCCUCUAGUAUUCCUCUUUCAGUUGAUCCCUCCCGUUACUGAUGAAGGGUUAUAUGUCUCAUUUUCACGGACUUCAGUGAAAAGUGUCUUAAGGUUACAAGAAAUCCACAUCUGUUUUUAUAUGGAAUGUGGGUGCUUGAAAUAAUGUUGGACAUAAACUCUCAAAGCUAAACUGUUAAUACUGGAAAUUGGACAUUUUUCACAGCUCUUAACUGAGGUAGGUUGGUGUCUUUAGUUCCCAGCAAAACAUGGUCAGGGCCAUAGAAUGGUAGAAUGGAAUGGAUUAUUUUUAAUUCAGUAUUGCGUGAUAGAUAAUUAUACAAAUUUUAAGACUUCCAAAAUUGACCACAGCACUGUACCUGGAUAAUUUGAAGUCAAUUAAUUUUGAGGAAUUUGAAAUUACUAUUUAGACUUUCAGCAAAGUAUUUCACAACAUGAUCAAAGGGGCCAGAGGUGACUUUUGAGUUGUAGAAACUGAGUUCGUUUCAAGGAUUUUUUUUUUGCACUUUAAUUUUUUUUAAAUUUAAUUUCAUCCCUUAAAAUGCUCAUUGAACUGUAACUGAAGUUUGUAUUUUUUUAAAAUCUCAAUGAAAUCCCUCUGGCUUAUUAGGUCACUCACUACCUCUGGUGGUUGUUUGAGGUAUUCUGACCUGUGAGGUCUCUGAUCGAACUCCAAUCUGAGCUCAAUUAGGGUACUCUAUUUAUGGUUGUGUACCCUUGGGGGCUGUGGGUGGAAGGAGGGAAGGAAAGUAAUAGUGUUUUCCAAUGCUAAGAACAUACAUGUGGAUGUCUGACUGAGGUACAGGCUUGAUGAGCUCAAAAGCUGAUCAACUUGAUAAUCCUUCCUGUCAGAGCUGAGAUAUGAAGCUUGGCACUUAAGCAAGGUGUCAACAGCCUAACAGUUCCAGAAAGUGACAGUUACUGUCACCCAACCACAAUCAGCAGCUUUAAGAAGGGAAGUUUAAAAAAAUGUAAAACUUGUUUAUCAGCAGGAAAGUUACCUUUAAAGGAAAUUAGGCACUAGCCAUUCUGGGGUAAAGAAAAUAAGUUGAAGACAAACCACGUAAGUUUUGUUUGCAUAAUCUAAACAAUUCAUUUGUACCUGGAGAACUGAUGGUGCAUGUACUAACAUGUAUAACCUUGGACUCAAAUUGAAGCUAGAGUCUUUGCCUGUUGUCAGGAUUGAUUCUAGUGACUAGUUCUGAAUAUCAAAGGCCUAAGGAACAUGCGUGUAACUAAAUGGGCAUCUCACCUGAAUGACUUGUUGGGAAAAUGGAAAAAUAUUAUUCUAGUGUAGUGGGAGGUGCUUUUGAGGUUAGUGCUAAAGUACAGUAUUUGGCCAAGGAAGAAAGAUAUUGCAACAAGUUACUGAUUUCGUAAAAUAUUUAAUUUACGAGCAAUAACACCACUUGGGGACAAAAGCCCCUAAGUAGUAUAAAUAUUUAUUGCACAUCACAUUACUUACUGAAGUGUUGAUUUGAAUCACCUCGGUAGCACUUUGUAUUGUUGCCAGAACUCUUGCUCCUAUUUAACACAGCAUUAUUUUCAAAUUGUCUUCCAGUUAUUUUAAUUAAAGUAUUUUACUAUGAACAUACUGUAUGUGUUGCUUGGAGAAGUCUGAUCUGAGGAAGCUGUCACAGUUCCUAUAAAACAGCAAAUAGAGCAGGUUGAAACUGGGCAUUAAAUGUGAUUUUAAUGUAAAGAUUCAUUUUCUUAAAGCAGGGGUGUCAUCUGUAGUAAGAAUUCUAAGUUUGGCAUGUUGGAUUUGAAAAUACAAAUGUGUUAUUUUGUUGAACUGUUUGUUAAAAUUUAAAGGAGUAUUAUUUAGAUACCAGUUGCAUUUUCAUUAAAAUGAAAAGAUAAAUGGGUGCCAAUAAGUUAUCUCUGGCACCUGAGCUAUAAUCCAGCCAAACCAGUCCAGUGGGAGUUCUGUCUGUACUUGUGAUGUCCUUAUUUGAAAUGUCUGGGAAUUCUCCAUUUUAAUUCCAAGAGGUGUGGACCCAUCGCACAAAGUGCCCUUAAUUUGGUGAUAAUUCUGCAAUGUCUUUCAAGGGUGGUAGGUGUGGAAAAUGCUACUGAUGUCUGGUCCUCCAACAGUCAUAAAGCAAAGCCUUGGACAGAGUCUGCUCUCAUUGGUUUUAUAGUCUGUACCCUCUGAUCAGUGUUGCUACCUCCUUAGUUAAACUUUGGACACUUAAAUUUCAGUUUUUCCUUUUUUACCAUUGGUGCCUCCUGACCUGAGAUGGUAUGUUGUGCUGAAAAUUCUGGAUAUUAGCUGUGAAAAAUGUUUACCUUCUCUGCUUUUUGACUGUAUAAACAAAAAAAAAACAAUGAGCACAAAACAUUGAGGUGGGUGGGAAGUCUUUCUCUUCAAGGUUCGGGGGGGGGGGGGGGUGGUGCAGGGGCAGGGGGGGUGCUAAACUGAAAUGGGAAUUAGGAACAGCAAAAUGUUCAGACCAUUGAAACCCUCUCAGGGUGAUUCACUGAUGACAUCAAGAUUUUCUUCAAUGAAGUAAGAGAACUGCCUCAGAAGAUUAGCUUUUAAAUACUGCAUUAUUCUUGAUUUUUUUUUUAAUGUAUAAAAAUUAUGGGUAAAAUGUUACCAUUCAACAUUCAAAAGAAAAACUUCAGGGCUGGUCAGGGAAUCUUAUCACAGAAUUUGGUUGUAUUUGCUAUAUAUAUGUAUUUUCAUAGCUCCUGCCUAGUCAAAUGAUCCAUUUGUUCUGUAUUGGGAAGUGUAAUACUAAAUCUUUUAUUCCCAGCCAGUUUAUCACAAAGCAUAUAUAGCAUAGCAGCACUAAUACACUACAGAAAGAAAUCAAUAAAGCCAGCACCUCAGUGCUGUUCCAUAUGCUCAUAAUUCAUCACUUCAAAUUGUUCCCACAAUUAUCCUAGCCAAUUACUAACUUGUUCCCUUUUAGUAAUUCAUCCUGCUGUUAUGACAGUAAUUUCCCUACAACACCGAAAUCUAGAAGGAUAAAAUCUCUUGUUUAACGCACAGGAAAUCCUGGUUCAAGUGAACCUAUACCAAAAAUUCACACCCCUUUUGCAUUUCAUCACAAUCCAAUUGGGAAAAUGAUGCAUUCACACAACUUGUGUUGAAUUAUAAUAGUAUAAAUGCGGAGUUAUUGGUUUCACGUGAAAUAAUAGGGCAGGAGACUACAUUUGACAAGUUUGAAAUAAGAUUUUAAGAAUUUAGGAUGGGUUGGAUUGUUACCUUGAGCUAAAAUUGAAAGUAGUCUGUUUUACCUGUGGCUGAGUUGCAUUGAAAAUGCCCUAAUUUCUCCCCUUAACCAGGAUGUCAGAGUAUGUCUCGGUUGGAGAGAAUUUAAUGUUGGGGAGAUUUAAUUUUAUUCUACAGGAUAACUUGCUAAAUGGGAAUGAUGUCUUCAGUGAAGCAUUGUGCUUGUAUCGCAACCUUGCACAUGGUUCUUACAAGCCAAACAAAAUGGAGUGAAAAAGAUUCUUUUGGACCUCAUUUGAAAUUGACCAAUACCAGUAGCUAUCGGGUAGAAGCCCUAACGUUGGUCAUAUUUUGUGCUAGGCUGAAACCAGAAUAAUAAUUGGGGUAGUACAUUUGACCUCAAUAUCCCUACGAUCAGGAGCAGCGGAAAGUCACUCCUAUUCCUAACUGGACACUGGUCAUCCCGAGUGGAAAGUGCAUCUGUAGGAAUGUCAGGUAAAGGUGGGGCUUAGUUUGAUUCUGACCUGAUUUCAGUUAAAUAGACCACUACCUUCCAUUGAGCUAAUAUAUGGUGUAUGGCCAUCUAAGUAAUGUGUAGCAGGAUGAACUAAGCCCAGUUAGAACUGUCACUUUCAGGAAUUGAGGCAAGAAAAAUAUCAUGGGAACAAAAAUAGUUUAUUACUGAUGCUUUGUGCAAGCCACGUUCAACAAGUGGGAUUUUAAUAUUUGACAUUUUCGGGUAAAAUGGAAUGAUCAUAAUUUGUCAUUAAAAUUAGGUGGGUUCCUGGUAUGGAAGUUACAGUCUAGUCCUACACGCUGCCAUCCCAGACUGUCCUGUGUGGUUUAGCAGCCUUAGUAACACAAUUCCCGAUUUCUCUUUACACCUGACUUUGCACUGUAUGCACAAUAUUCUUUCCCUCAUUAGUGCCACAAUAGCAGUGCUUAUUUUGUCUGGCUUUUUUGAACUGAGUGAAGUGAUGGCACCAUUUGACUUUUAAUAAAGCAAUAUGAUUGUGGGCCUUGGGCUGAGGUUGGGAAAUAUGUGAUUAUCAAUCAAGAAUUCAUGAAAAAUUAUUGUAAAUAAUUGUAAAAUAUAUAUUAUAAACCACAAUUUCAUAAUAUGCAACCUCUUAAAUGUGUAAAGGCGUUGAGCAGUAUGUAUGUGUUCCUCGGGGAAAUCGUGAGAGGAGUUUGAUUGUUCUGGUGCUUUGGAUGAUGAGAGGAAAUGACUUUGCUUGUUCUGCUACUUUGUUCUUGCAGUGCAUUGUGGGAUACUUGAGGGUGGGGUGGAAGAAAAGGGACACAGAGCUAUAAUUAAAAUGCUGUUGCGUUCUAGCAGUCUCCUCUUGUACAGGAGGUUUAUGAAUCUUUGUACAGAUUUGUACACCCCAGUUCCAUCCCUGCCUUUUUUUUUGCACCCAGGCACUUGGUUUGGUGCUACAUUUCUCUUUCCAGUAAAGCACACCUGUUUUCCAGAUGUGUUUCUGACUGGGAAAGAAGGGGAUAAUCUUGCCUGUUCCAAUUGAUUUGAUUUAGACUCCAUAAACUUUUCCAUCCAUUCCUAAAACCUCUCUUCACUGAUGAACCGCUCCAAGUUCCUUUGUUCGUCAAUGCACUUUAGACUGAGUGACUAUUUUUGAUGAACCCCCUGCAAAUCGCAAUUGUCUUUUAUUCCAGCUCUUUGUUUCUGCACCCACCAUGUUGAAACACAAACCAAAAUCUUUUAGUUUUGGAAGGGUUGGGAAAAUAGCUAGUGAAAUAGGUUAAUAGCAUUCUGGAGUGUUAAUUUUUGAAGAAAUCAUUGACAGACUAGCUUACAAAAAAUAUUGAGCAUGAACAGAUUAAUGUGGUUGUUUUGACCCCUUUGCACAGUUCUUAAUAGUUUUAUCAUGCAAAAUGUAUAAAUUGUUAUAGUUACCUAGAGUAUCUGGGUCUCUAAUUGGCUUGUUGACAAUGUGCUGGUCAGCAUUAGUUUUAUGCAUUUACAAUGACUAAUCACCAAUAACCUAUAUCCUAACCAGGUAAAAACCAAGUGGCAGAAAAGUUGCACAUUUUGGAGAUUGAGUGUACUUGUAGUUAAUAAAUAACACUUAAAUGGGUUCUUUUUCCCUUCCUGUCAUUUUGUGUAGCUAUGUUGCACUAAUAUAUUUUAUCAUUCCAAAUCUUAUGCAUUAAUCAUUCACAAGGUCAAGUCUUUAAUUGAAAGUGCUACUUAAGAAGCUCUCCCAAGGGCUUGGCAGAUGAAGAUAUUCUGCAGGAUAGCACUGAGCCAUAUGGAACAGAAUGUUCUUGGGCUGAUUCUCAAGGUGUGCAGAGUCAUAAAUUUCAGGCAAGAUGGCACUACAGUUGAGCUCUGCACCUGAGAAUCAAGAUAGUGAAAUUAGAAUUUUUAUUAAUCUAUUUAGUACUUGCUGUGGUAAAUUAGCCCAUCAAUUCACAUUGCCAAAGCUUGCAUCUGAAGACACUAUUGAAGAGUGGAAGGCAGCUUGCACCUGUGAAACAAUAUCUUAGUCUGAGUUGAGCCUUUGGGAGAGAUGGGGAGUAAAUUACGAAGUGGAGCAUAUGAGAGAAAUGUGCAACACCCAAAAACAUUCACAAACAUUAAAAUGAAAGGGCUACGUAAUCUCAAUAGCAGUUUUUAUUCCACAGUGCAGUGCACUAAAACACGAGAGAUUCAGGCUGCUUGCUGUGAUGUCCAAUUGCUAUAAUGCUGAUAUUGUGGGUGAUUUACCAAGAUAUGUAAACAGACAUAUUUUUGUACAAUAUAUAGUGCACAGUAAUUUUCUUGUAAUAUAAAAAUUGCUUAAAAACAAAUUACUCUUAUUUAAUGGAUGUGGAAAUAUUGUCAUAGAUUUACUUAAAGAAAUUAAAGACUGUUUCAAAGCAAA